UGCUCAAUAUAAUGUCCGUCUGAUAGACUUUGGGAUUGCAAGGGAGAAGAACGACCUAACAAAUAAAGGAUGCGGAAGAGACGCAUAUGCCCAUCCUGGUGUUGGUAAAACACGUGCAUGUGAAAGCUGGGAUUACUUCAGCUUGGGCGUUGUAAUCCGAGAAUUGUUGACAAGUUUGGGACCAAAUGGACAUAAUAAUAAAUACCUGAAACAUAUGAGUCCAAAGGAAAUUACGCAGAAAUUGGAGAUGCCGUUUGUGAACAACAAUAUGGCACAAGUUUUGAACCAACUUUCAACAGACUGCUUAAAAGCAGAAAACGUGGAACAUUUCGAAACAGUCUUAGGAACAUUGCAAGAUUUCGUACGUCAAUCUGGCUUAAAAGAAGACUUAGAUGCAGAAAAAUGUCAUUUAUGUAUGAUAAAUCCAAAAGCAUGAGAUUCUCGGACCCAUAACCACCACUGUAUUAACGUGUGUAUAUCAUGUGAGAAGAACAGCUUCCUGAAUCCAAUCAAAUGUCACUGCGGUAAUGAGAUAAAACCCACAAUAGGAUAUGGUUGGGGUGCCUUGCUGGUAGCUGGAGACGAUACCAAAAACCCUACUGUUGCUAAAGCGUUUUGCAAUGAUGUCAUUAACUUUAAAAAGCUGAUAGCAUCAAAAGCUCCGCUCAUCAUGGGAAUAAGUGAAGACAAUAUUCAGACGGUAGUGCCAGACAAGAAACAGAGUCUGUCGCAGAAAAUGAUGCAAGCAAUAGAGUGUUUAUCAUCAAGAGAUCUUCAGACAUUAAUUAUAUAUAUCACUUGCCAUGGUGAAAACAGAAAUGACACAAAGGAUAAUUUCAACUUCCGGUUGUCAGAAACCGAUACUGUAACGUUGAAAGAAUUUGAGGAUGCUCUGGGUCAAUGUAAAGAAAAACUUGAUCAAUUAAACAAAGUCAUGCUGUUUUUUGACUGCUGUCAUCCUCCAGAGGAGGUAAAUAUAAAGGGUAUCGCUAAAGCAAAUGUUAUUCAGUUAAAUGCGUGUGAAGAUUAUCAAAAAGCGCAUUCAACAAAUGAAGGAAGCAUUUUCACAAAAUUUCUGAUCCAAGGGCUGAAGGCAAAGGCGGAAGGAUCAACUUGUGGGGAAAAUGAGUGUACGUCCUGCAAGAAAUACUGGGACCUUCGAACAGAUUACGUUACAGUUGAAAGGCUGUUAGAAUAUAUAAAUGACCAUAUCGAUACACGUCAGAGACCACGGCUGUUAUUCAGCGGAAAUCAUGAUGACUUCAAAAUCGCUUUCUACACGGGCGAAGAGGUGGUUAUAGAAUUUACCGUGGUCAACAGUGAAGAAAAACAAACAAUAAAGCUUAAGCAUUUUAAAGACAUGGAACAGAUUGAAACUCAACUUUAUGAGAAAUUUCAUAGGAAUAAAGAUGAUUUUGAUAUAGUCAUUACAAGUCGUACAUUUAGAACGGACAACACAACUGAAAUAUGCAGUUCUGCAGAGAAAGUAGUACUGGCUUGGGUUAACAGACAACCUAUUCAGGUGUCUUUUAAACCAAAAUGUAAAGCAAAUUCAACUGCUGACACAGGCACAAGUACCACAAGUACCAUGGUUUUAUAUGAAAGAAGGAAUGCUGCUGAAGGCAAAUGCAGCAUUCCAGAAAGCGGUACUCCCUGACGGAUAUAAUUAUUCAAUGUAAAGUAUUACAUGUAUUGACAGUGAAAUUAUACAUAAAAUAUAUGGCAAAGAAUGUGUAAAUACAGCAAAUCUCUGUAUAAAAUGACAAAUGUGUGCUGAAGUUUGUCUAAUAUAUAUGAUAAGUUGCUCACAUCAAGGCCAUCUACACGUUUUUAAACUGUUACAUUCUACUUCUGUUUGACAAGUUUGUAUGCACUUUGGGAUAUGAGCAAAUUAUUAAUACAUAAUAUAUAGCAGACAUAUAUUUUUGUACAUCGUAACAAUGUUUUAUGUAAACAUGUAUAUAGAUAGAUAGAAUUUAUUGUGAUAAAAUUGACAAAAUAUCAUAAAAAUAAAUACAACUUCAGUGUCAACAUAAUAAAUGUGAACAUUAAAGUGUUAUUAUAGAUUAUAUAUAAUCAAUACCAAGGAUUACACAAAAACAGAGCAUAAAGCUUUCUUAUUUCCAUUGUGGUCCUUUGAAAUGAUCAUAUGAAAACGGAAAGGCAAAUUAAUUAAACAAGUAUUGCACAUGUUGGAUUAAAUUUAUAUCGCACAUUACUUUUUCAUUUAAAGAAAUAUAAAAUAGCAAAACACUAAAACGUGGCUAAUGUAUGCGUAUCCAUGUUUUAACAGUAUUAUAAUACGGGAAGUAACACGUCCAGUGGAAUAGGUUUAGAAAUGCAUAAAUGUCUGUGAUUUACUUUGCGCGCCUACUAAUCGAUAACGCGUAUGUGAAUAAACUUAAAUAACAUUUUAUUAUUAUUUUAUAUUUUCUGAUAUGUUUGCGUGUUUGUCGUAUUAACUGUUUGAAACAAUGAUUAUCCUCAAUUAAAUGGAUAAUUAAAGAUCAAUUAAUCAUAUUUCAGUCUUAGCUGGUAUCAUAUGUUUAAUAUGGCCGACGAUGUUACUCUUGUUAUGUUUCAAACCUUGUUUCAAAGAAUGUCUGCUACAGUGUGUAUAAUACAUAUGAUAAGAGUCGUUCGCGGUCGUUCCAUCUACACAUUUCAAAAACUGUUAUAUUCUACUUUUGUCUGACAAGAUUGUACGAUCUUUUGAAUAUGUGCAAAUUAUUAAGAAAUGAUAUAUGGCUGACAUAUGCUUUUCUAUAUCGUUCCAAUGUUUUAUGUAAACGGGUAUAUGAAAUAGCGAAGCACUAUAUCAUGUAUGCGUAACCAUGUUUUAACAAUGUUAAAAGACGAGAAGUAACACGUCCAGUGGAAUAGGUUUAGAAAUGUGUAUAUGUAUAGUGAAGAAUCUGAAAUAUUUUUCUACAAAACAGUACGUCAAAUGCUGUAGCACUCUUUCUCGGUCAUUAUUGCCUUGUUUAAAAGACAAAUGGUAUGAAUAUUUCGUAUGAAAACUUUUAGCCAGUUCAUGGUGAAUUUGUUAACUCAAUAUGAAUAAGCUAUUUUGUUGUCGUUUUCAUUUAUUAUUAAAUCAUAAUUAUACUUAUAUGAUCGACGCGUAUUUGUAGUAUGAAAACUGUUUGAAAAAUAAUCUUCUUUAGAAUAAUUUUUGUAAUUAAUUAUAUUUUAGUUAUUUUGGACGGAUAGCUCAGUGGUUUGCACACUGGCCUUCCAAUCCUGAGGUCGGGGGUUCGAUCCCCGGCAGCUCCUCGUGAAUUUUCAGAAACGCUUUUCAGUGUUUCCCACCCAACUAGAGGUGUACUGGUCGGGAACCCAGGCAAUCCUUGCGUGUAUCAGUGCUAUACACUGGGCACGUUAAAGAACCAGGCUGUUUAUUCGCAACGAGCUAGGCUAAGUUAGCCGGACAAGCCUGUAUCUGAUUUCUGAUCUCUCUGUCGUGGGGGCUUUGUCUCACUCUGUCCCUCUGGUCAGAUCGUUCUGUGUCUGUACUAGUAGAGGAUGAAUUAUGCGCCCUGCAUAUGUGGCUGCAUUUGAACUAUGUAAAGCGCCUUUGAACGUGAAAAUGAUCAUGAAAAGGGCGCUAUAUAAAUCUGGUAUAAUAACAAUAAUAAUAAUAGCUGAUAUAAAAUGUUGAUGUUACUCCGGUUAUGUUUCAAACCCUGUUUCGAAGAAGCACUUGACUUAUGACCUGUAUAUUACACUUGAUAUAUUCGAUACAUUAGUAUAAUGUCUUACUUUCUCUACACUAGUUUCCUCUCCGUGCGUCGCUAGUUCGUCUUACAUUAGACGUAAACGGCAAAUCUGACACAAAAUUUCUAAUGAAAUCGUCUUGUGUAUUAUGAAUACUUCCAAUACUUUUUACGUAUUUGUAAUUAGUAACUAGUCAGAACUUUGCUAUAGAUGAUUUGACAUGUCUUUAGAUUAUAUAGGUACAGAUAUACUGAUAAAAAUAUAGCUAUUAUAUUUUCAUUGUACUAAUUACUGUAAUUAUGAUAGCUUUGUGCACCAUCUACUCUAUUAAAACAUAACGUUUUCUCGCCAUCCGUACAUUGCAUUUGGCUUGCGGAGAAAUCUAAAGACGGCUGGUUAACACAUUAUGUCAUACAUAAACAAGUGUUCAACUAACAAGUAUGUAUGUGAAUUCGUGUUGUUCCUAAAAUGACAAGAAAUUCGAUGUGAAAAUUUUAUUUCUUACCGAUUAUAUACAUCGGAUGCAAAUAAGUAGUAGAGCUGUACCCACUGAUUGAAAAAUAUUAAUUUUCAUCAACGAUAAUGAAUACAUUUAUUCUCGGUUAUGACAAUAUUUUCAAAUUUUCAGACAAACUCGUGUAUUUAACUAGAUUUAACUUAACAAUGGAUUAAAUGUACUUUAAUGUACUUGAAAUACAUAUAUAGAGUCCGUUAGUUGAACGUUCAAAGCACAACAAAAAUUACCAUUUAGAUAAGAAUUUUCAAUGUUACUGCAUGAACUUUAAAAAAUUUAUUAUGCUGAAAGCAACAAAAAUGAGAACGUCAGUUUCAAGAUGCUGCGGUGACACAAAUGUGUGUUACUAUUUAUUUUCUUCUGUUUAUCAUUACCUAUAUUACGCCAUAUUGUGAAUAUUUGUUGUCUGGUAUUGUGCCAAUCCACUUUAGACAGCCGUCAUGGUUAAACGGGCAAAUUUCUGUUGUGUUUGAUACCAUUCAGAAUGGAUGCAGACACAUUUCUAUGUAUGUACUAUCAUGAUAAUUGAUUAUACAUGGGAAAGGGAAUAUUAAUGUUUAUCACUUUGUAUAUUGUACAAAAUCUUAUUUUUCCUUGUUAGCAGGGACUUAAUUUCGUAAUAUAUUGUUAAAUAAUGA